UUUUAGAUGUAAAAAAUAAUGAUUUGAAUUAGAAUAUAAAUUGGCUGUGAUGAUGUAUAUAUCUUUAAUUCUUGUUGUCAUCAAUGUUCUUUUAUCAGUGGCAGCCCUUGAUGCACCUUCACAGUUCAAAAAUGAAGAACAGCAUCAGACAAGCCUCACAUUUACUUGGAAACCUCCAUAUAAAGGAGGCCUUAAAAACAAAACUUCAUUUAGCAUUGAUAACAAUACCUUAUUAAGUAUUGACAAUACCUUGUUAAGUAUUGACAAGUAUUACAUUGAGUGUGCAAGAAGAAAUGACAGAGAAAUUGUGGUGGCAGAGUUUUCGGGAAGUACAACAAGAGGAACAGUUGAUGGACUAGCUGUAUAUAGUAUCUACUCUUGCAAGAUUCAAGCUACAUUAGGAGGGUCCUGGAGUACAUCCAUUACUCAAAGAACAUUAAAAGGAGCUCCAUGCAUGCAACCACUCGGAAUGGAAAAUAGUAUCAUACCUGAUAACAGAUUAACUUUGUCUAAUUUUUCUUUCAUUGGUAUGAAAAUUUCUAAUGCUCGAUUAAACAGUCCAUCCAUGUGGUGCAGUAGAUAUGCUUACGUACAAAUUGAUUUGGGAAGAAUUAUGACAAUUACUGGUCUUGUGAUACAAGGUAAUACGCAAGGGGUGGCAAAUGUGAACAUCAAGUAUGGUAUAACAGAUCCAAAUAAUUUAGUUGACUUGUGGGAAGAAAGGAUAACUGAUAGUAGUAAUAAAAGAAGGAACUUUGCAUAUCCUGGCAACAAAUACACAAAACGGCACUGGUUUUAUCAAAAUGCAUUUACAGCCCAUCAUGUUCGCAUCUACCCAGUUGAGCAAAGCAUAGUUGUGUGUAUGAAAGUUGAAUUAUAUGGAUGUUCAGAGACAUGUUCAUCUUUGAUGAAAUCAGACUUUAAUCCGAAAAUGAAUGGUACCACCACAGUGUUGUCACCAAACUUAUAUUCUUCUAACUCUUGGUGUUCAUCAGCUGGAGAGUUCUUAAGAUAUGAUUUUGGCAUGGAGGUUACAUUGACUGGUAUACUUGUUCAAACUAAUGCAACAAAACCUGUGCAUAAUUUUCAAGUGCGAUUUGGUAAUAAUUUAAAGUCUUUAAGAAUUGUCAAAAGAAGAGCACCUCACAAGACGUUUAUUACGAACAGAGCAAAUAAUUCCAUAAUAACACAUUGGUUUGACACUCCAUUAAUAUGCAGUAUUAUUGAUAUCAUCCCUCAACAAGGUGGAGGAUGUAUGAAGAUUGGUUUUACUGGUUGUUUAACAAGUUGCAUGAAUAAACUUGGACUUGAAAGGAGAAAACCAGGAAUAACUUUAUCUGCUUCUGGUUCGUUUUCAAAUAAUAAUUUGCCAGAUAAAGCUCGAUUGAAUAGUCUUAAAAAUGCCUGGGCAAAAAAAUUUGGUGAUGCAAACAUUUGGCUUCAAGUGUGCUUUAAUGAAACAAAAUACAUUUUUGGAAUUGCUCUGCAAGGUAUUGGUUAUAUAUGGAAUGAUAGAAUUAAAACCUACAAAUUAAAAUAUGGAUAUAAACAUGAUUCUGUCAUUUAUGAUUACAAAAUAAAUAAUAUUAAACAUAUAUUCACAGGGAGCAACAACAGAUACAAAACACAAGUAGCUAUUCUUCCAACUAUGUUAAAAGCAAACUGUGUUAGAUUGCAUGAAAUGGAUUGUAAUAAUAAGAAUGCAAAUGGUGAUCAGGGAUGUGCUGGAAGGUUGGAAAUUAUGGGAUGUAAUGGAGACAAACUUCCUGAUGUUGUUAUGAUGAGGGCAAACAACAGCCUACAAUGUGCUGCAUAUGGGACACAUCCACUUAUACAAUGGAGUUUAAAUGGCGAAGUAGUUACAACUGAUGGAAAUUAUACGAUCACUGAAAUCAGGAAUCACAAUACAAAUGAACUAUAUAAAUCAUUACUCACAUUUAAGAUGGAUAUUGAAGAGUUUUUAUUGAGGUUUGGUGAAUGUGGUAAUCAAGAGAAUGGAAAGUUAAAGUGUGCCAAAGAAUAUGCAUGUGCAUAUCAGUAUAUGUCUAAAAGUACUCUCGUUCCUGUGAAGAAAACGUUUAAUCUUACCUGGUCAUUCCAAGCUCUGAAGAAUUUUUCGGCUACUUUUCAGAAUACAACCUCGAUUAAUUUUUCGUGGAUUCUCAAUGAAAAGAAGUACAUAACAAAAUAUAGAAUUCAAUGUUGCAGACUUAAUUGCAGAGAAAUGAUUGUUACAAAUGUGAUACCAAAUACAAGCACGUCUGCCACUGUUAAUGAAUUGACUCCCUAUACCACUUAUGAAUGCAAGGUGCAAGUUUUUACUGUUUCAAGGGUGAUAUGGAGUAGAUCGAUUAUUGUAAGAACAACAAAAGGAGGUCCAUGCAUGCAGCCACUUGGAAUGGAAACUUAUGUAAUACCUGAUGACAGAUUGAAAACAUCUACUCCUUCUUCAAAUAACAUGAAUGUAUCUUUUGCUCGAUUAAAUAGUGCUUUCAAGUGGAGCAGUAGAAAUGCUUACAUACAGAUUGAUUUGGGAAGAAUAAUGACAAUUACCGGUCUUGCAAUACAAGGUAGUACGCAAGGAGUCACAAAUGUGCGUAUAAAGUAUGGUAUAACAGAUCCGAAUGAUUUAGUUGACUUGUGGGAAGAAAAGAUAAUUGAUUAUAUGAAUAAAAAAAGGAACUUUGCAUAUCCAGGCAGCAAAAACACAAAACGGCAUUGGUUUUAUCAAAAUGCAUUUACAGGUCGUCAUAUUCGCAUCUACCCAGUUGAACAAAGCAAAGUUGUGUGUAUAAAAGUUGAAUUAUAUGGAUGUUCAGAGACAUGUUCCUCUUCUAUGAAAUCAGACUUUAAUCCAAAAAUGAAUGAUACCACCACAGUGUUGUCACCAAACUUAUACUCUUCUAAUUCUUGGUGUUCAUCAGCUGGAGAGUUCUUAAGAUAUGAUUUUGGCAUGGAGGUUACAUUGACUGGUAUAUUUGUUCAAGCCAAUGCAACAAAAGCUGUGCAUAAUUUUCAAGUGCGAUUUGGUAAUAAUUUAAAGUCUUUAAGAAUUGUCACAAGGGGAGCAUCUAACAAGAUGUUUAUUGCGAACAGAGCAAAUAAUUCCAUAAUAACACAUUGGUUUGACAUUCCAUUAAUAUGCAGCAUUAUUGAUAUCAUCCCUCAAUCUAGUGGAGGAUGUAUAAAGAUUGGUUUUACUGGUUGUUUAACAAGUUGCAUGAAUAAACUUGGACUUGAAAGGAGAAAACCAGGAAUAACUUUAUCUGCUUCUGGUUCGUUUUCAAAUAAUAAUUUGCCAGAUAAAGCUCGAUUGAAUAGUCUUAGAAAUGCAUGGGCAAGAAAAGUUGGUGAUCAAACCAUUUGGCUUCAGGUGUGCUUUAAUGAAACAAAAUACAUUUUUGGAGUUGCUCUGCAAGGUCUUGGUUAUGCAUGGAAUGACAGAAUUGAAACCUACAAAAUAAAAUAUGGUUAUAAACAUGAUUCCGUCAUUUAUGAUUACAAAAUAAAUAGUAUCAAACAUGUAUUCAGAGGGAGCAAAAACAGAUACAAAACACAACUAGCUACUCUUCCAACUAUGUUAAAAGCGAAGUGCGUUAGAUUGCAUGAAAUGGAUUGUAAUAAUAAAGUAAAUCGUGAUCAAGGAUGUGGUGGAAGAUUGGAGAUUAUGGGAUGUGAUGGAGAUAAACUUCCUAAUGUUGUGAUAAGGAGAGUAAACAACAGCUUACAAUGUGCAGCAUUUGGUACACAUCCAAAUAUACAAUGGAGUGUGAAUAACAAAAUCAUCACAAAUGAUGGAAAUUAUAUGAUAACCGAGAUGUCGAACAAAAAUGCAACUACAAUAUAUAAAUCGUUUCUAAUUUUUAAAAAUAAUAUUGAUCAGUUUUUGCUGAGAUUUGGCAGAUGUAAUAAACAAGCAAACGGGAAUUUCAAGUGUACUAAAGAAUUUGUGUGUGCAUAUCAUUACAUCUUUCAAAACUCCUCUGUUCCUGUCAAGACAUCUUUUAAUCUCACUUGGUCAUAUCAAGAUUUAGCCGUAAAAAAAUUUUCAGUUAUUUCACAGAAUGCAACUUCAAUUUCUUUUUCAUGGAUACCACUUAAGAAUAUGCACAUAACAAAGUAUGAAAUUCAAUGUUGUCGACAGAAUUGUAGAGAAAUCGUUUUUACGGACAACAUACCAAACACAGCUACGUCUGCUACAGUUUACGAGCUUGCACCCUUUACUACAUACAAGUGCAAGAUGCGGUUUCUUUUAUUAUCACCCAGUACCAGUAGCAAUUGGAGUACUGAAAUUUCAGUUAAGACUUCUCCGGCAGGACCUUGUAUGCAACCCCUGGGAUUUGAGAAUGGGAUUAUCAAUGAUAUUCAAUUCACAUCAUCCAAACCCGAUGGUGGUUUAAAGGCAUCAAAUGCUCGUCUUAACAGUGAUAAAUUUUGGUGUGCAAGUUCAGGCAUAAUUUGGUUAAAGAUUGAUCUUGGUCGACUUAUGACAGUGACUGGGAUGGCAUUACAAGGAUACUCAUUUGCCAUUCAUCAAGUCUGGUUCAAAUACAGUGUAUCUAGUAUGAACAACACUGAAAUAGUAAAAAUGGAUGAUACCUCGAGUGGCACUCGUAGGUCGUAUGAUUAUCCACGAAGCAAAUACACAAGACGAUACUGGUUUAAAAACAAAGAGAUAACAUUACGUUAUAUCGAAUUCCAUUUUGUUGGAGAUAACCAAGCUUGUCUAAAGGUUGAAUUGUAUGGAUGUGCUGAAACUUGUUCAUCUCCUGUCUUUCCUGUGCAAUUGAACCUGCCACAAUCUAAACCAUUUUCACAAAUCUGCAGCAAAAACUUAUCAUACAUCCGUUAUCAUUUUGGGAAAAGGGUUACAUUGACAGGACUUAGGUUAAAUAACAACAAUUUUAGUGAUUUUCACAUUAGAUAUGGGCAGUCACCUAAAAACAUGACUGAAAGAGAGAAAAUUAAGCUAACAAAGUUGUCGCAGCCUAGAAGUGAUGAUUCAGCAUUGAUGUUUUGGUUUGACGAAGAAAUUAUUUGUAAAGUUAUUGAUAUAGUAACAUCGUCAACAAACGUGUGUGGAGAAAUUCAGUUUGUUGGAUGUGAUAAUGGUUGUAUGCACAAACUUGGUAUAGAAGGUAAUUAUGGUGUUACAUUGAGCUCGUCGUCUGUAUAUGCUAAUGGUAGUGUAGAUGCAGCAAAUGGGCCAAAAAAUAGCGGUCUUAAUAACAUGAUUGGAGAUUGGACAAAAUAUGAAAAUAAAGAUCAUCAACCUUGGAUUCAAGUAUGCUUUGAUUCACAUAAACUUAUUAAUGCUGUUGCAAUACAAGGACAAGGAUAUUACAAUGAUGGAAGAGUUUUAUCAUAUUAUAUAUCAUAUGGAUAUCAAGGAAACAGAACUUUAUAUAAUUAUACUUUGAGCAAUAUUGUUACGAUGUCUAGUGGAGCAACAAGUAGAUAUGGUACAGUAGUAAGAAAAUUUCCCGUUCCAAUAUCUGCUAAAUGUGUUCGUUUGCAUCCAACAUCUUGGAACAAACAUGGUUGCAGCAUGCGUUGGGAAUUGCUUGGCUGUCAUAAAGCUACUCAUCCUAAAGUAGAAGUUCUUAAAUCAGUUGCAAUUGUAAAAAACACCAGUAAAUCAAUCAAGUGUUUUGUUGAAGCUCAACCUGGGUUUCAACAGGAGUGGAAUUUUCCUACAGAAGAUUUAUCUGCUUAUCAUAACAUGAAUAUAAAUGGGUCUUCCAAUAACGUCAAUGGUACUUACAUCUCCAACUUACAAAUUCAUCGAAACAUGACUGAUUGGAUUAUUGAAAACAAUAUUUCAUGUGACUUUAGUAAUAUCAGUAACACAACAUGUUAUAUAAAUUAUACUUGUGCUGCAUACUAUCCUGGUGAUUCAACAAACAAGGGACAACAAAUUGUGACAGCAAGUUAUAUUGGUUUUAAUGCAACUGUUAGUCCACCAAAUGUAAAUAUCACAUCGACGAAUACCACAGCUACAAUCUCUGUAUAUUUUGGACAAUUAACUGGCGACUUUCCCACAACUGGGAUUAAAUUAUUGUUUAAGGGAAACACAUCCAUUAUUGGUAGGGCAUCGAAUCAAAUUAUUGACAAACUAACGCCCUAUACGGAUUACGUUGUAACUGUUUCUAGCUACAAUCGGCUGACUGAAUCUACUAGGAAAAAUGUAUCUUUUAAAACUGCUGAAGGAGUUCCAUCAAUACCUCGAAAUGUUACAUUAAUGCCGAAGUCCAAAGAAGAAAUUUUGGUUUCUUGGCUUCAACCUGAACCUGUUGGUGGAGUUAUCAGUAAAUAUGAGAUAAAAUAUAAAGAAAAAUACAAUUUACAAGCUGUUUUAAAUGUUACAAGCAUUUCAGAGAAUAUGUCUUUCACCAUUAAAAACUUAAGUAAUUUCCAAGAAUAUGAAGUUCAGGUUCGAGCUUACACAAAAGAAAACUUUUUUAUUGGACCAUGGAGUGAUGUUGUAGAAACAAAAACACUGGAAGGAGAGCCCACUGAACCACGAAAUAUCAGUGUUCAAAAGAAAUCACCCACUACAAUUUAUUUAAAUUGGGAAGAACCUUAUCAAAUAAAUGGAAUUAUAAAAGUUUAUAAUAUUACACUCAUUGGUCAAAAGACUUACUACAAAAAAUUUGCUCAUGAUGUCUCAGGCCACACCAAUGCUACGUUUUUAACAGUGAAAGAUUUAUAUCCAGGAACAAAUUAUACAAUUCGUAUACAUGCCACCACUGGUGGUGGAGCAGGCCCAUUGUCGAAAAAACAAAAGUUUGAGACUGACUAUGAUAGACCAUAUUCUCCAAGCGUGUCUUUGUUCAAAUAUCCAAUGAUCAAGGAGGUUCUUUCUUUAAGUUCAGUGCAAUCAUAUACAGGUCCUAUCAGUGCAUAUGAAUUUGCUGUUUCAAGAUCAGAAUGCAUUUUAACUAAAGAGAUUAUAACAUUGAAUCCUGAAGAAGUUCCUCAUAACUUUAAUGUGACCAUUUUUAAAGGAAUAGAAAAUCCUACUAUCCAUGAUAAAACUGUACACAUCCCUUUGAUUGGAAAUUUCAUCCUUUGUUUCCGUGCUGUAGUUACAUCAAAGAAUGGUACCAAGUUGUAUGGCAACUUUUCAAGCAAAACUAUAAAACGGAGAGAUCUUUUAAGAAUUGAUAAAAACAAUUCAGCAAGAACACAGGCUUCAAUAACAAUUCAAUUAUCAAAAGGUCCAGACAAUGUUAAGUACUAUCAAAUAAUUGUAACUAAAAGCAGAGAAACAUCACUUGAUCCUCCGAAUGAUUCAUUAAAACCAUAUGGCGAAAACAAUGAAGAUCUUUAUGUUGCGGCAGAAUUUCGUGCUGAACAGUUCAGUGAUUAUUAUAAGUUCAAAUUAGGAGAUGGAAAAGAAUACACUCGAAGAAGGUUAAGACAGAAGAUAGAUUUGACAGACAAGUUCUUCUCAUUUUUGAAUGUGAAACUAAAACCUGGUACUGAGUAUUCAAUAUUACAGAGGGCAUAUUAUCAGGGAGGUUACUAUUCAACUCCUUGGUUCCAUGACAAGACAUCACUUCGAAUCGUUAAAGCAGAUAGAAAUUUGAUGUUGUUACGUGCUGGUAUGGUAGCUGUUUUGACUUGGAAUAUAUACAGAACUGGUAACAUAGACACAAUCAGUUGUACAAAGGAUGGUGUGCUCAUAGCAUUUGGAACAAACAAGGUUUUUUCUCCAAGCAAAAAAUUUGGGGACAGUAUUGUAACACUGUUAAAGCAUGACAGCUAUAACAUAGAAAUAAAGAAUGCAAAAAAUGAAGACACUGGUUUGUACACAUGCACAGUUUUAGAGACAAUACAUUCAAAUUCCCGUAAAUAUAUUGAGAACAUUAAAGUUAUUGUAACAGAUAUACCACGAACUUAUAACAUAUCUACUCAACGUAAUAUUGUGAUUCGCUUUGACUAUAUCAAUGUGUACUUUAAUGGUAAAGUUCUGGAAAAAGAACAUCUAAAGCAAUUAAAAUCAAGUUUUCUUGAAGCCGCCUAUGACAGGGUAAAACUUUUGUUUUUGAACGUCAUGGCAGUGGGAAGUGAUUUAAUUCAAAUGAACAAUUCUGUAACAGGACAAUCCAUUCAGUGUGUCAUUACUCUGAGAAGCUCUGUUCCACUUGACGUAAAAGAGGUUUUAAAAGCUCUUCAUGGAGUUGUGAAGAAGAAUCAGUAUCACCUUUUUCUAAAAAACUCAGUUUUUCAAGCGGAUAUUGUGAAAUCAUCCCUACUUGUGCAUGAUUUUAAUGAGUGUGAACCUUCAGCUACUAAAUACUGUGAUGAUAAUGCUGUAUGUAUGAAUCUACCUGAUUGGCUUUCAUAUGCCUGUUCUUGUUCUAAAGAUUAUCAAGGAAAUGGUUUUACUUGUGUCAGAAAAGUGGAAAAAAGGAAUAGCCAAUCCUAUACCAUCAUAGCUGUUAUCAGUGUCACCAUUAUUUUAUUAAUAAUUAUUGUUGUAUGUAUUGUGAAAUUCAAAAGACUGCAGGAAACGAAGUCUGCAGACAAAUCGCUUCCUGAACCUGUUUACACUGAUCUUCCUUAUGUUACCAAUGCAUCUGUGGUUCAAAAUCCUGUUACUGAUGAAACAUAUGAAGAUGUGAAAGAAUCAAUAGAGUUACAGACACAUUACACUGGUUUAGUACCUACUGAAGAAGAGGUAGCUUACUCUCAAUUGACAUCAAACAAGAAUAAAAAGUCAGAAUAUUAUGUAAACAGUUAACAACAAUUUGUAGUCAUGAUUUUAUAACUCACAAAUUUUUAUUAAAUAAUGUACAGUUUGUACUAUUUUUGUAUCACGAGUCCUGUUUUUUACUUUUUUAAAGAAAAUAUAAUUUUAACAAAUACCAUAUUCAGUAGUUGUAAAUUUUUAUUGAGAAUUUAUAGAGAGAGUUUUUAUUGUUAAGGGUUAUCAUUAUGAUCCUGAAAAUAUUAAAUUUUGUUUUA